AACUGUGCUGUGCAACCAGGUUGAAACGAAACCCUGAAGCCUCUUGCCCCGUACCAUACUACAGGCAGUGGGAGAGCAUUGCAUUCUGUCUCUGGACGCGACGUGAUAAAGUUUACGACAAGCGAGAUGAAAUUGAACUCGAUUCAAGUUAGAACUUCAUCUAAAAACAGCCUCGAGAACGAUAAAAAAUAUAAUUAAAGGGCAGACAGAAAUAGUCGGGGAAGCAGACAGAGAGAAAGCGUAGUAGACAAUUAUUCUGCUUUUUUUUUCAUUGGAAAAUAAGUUAAAGAGUGUUCGAUGGAGCUAUUUCUUCUAUAUCUUUGUGUGUAAUAUUUUAACAAAAGAAAAGCCAAUUGUCCACGUUACGGCUCGGCGGACAGAAUCAUUGGAAAUUCUACUCUGAUGCUGGUCUUGCAUUUCGGUCAUCAAUUACUACAGUCUGAUUGCAUAAUCGACCGGAUUUUGUUCUGAAAUGCGGAUUGAAAUGUUGACAGAGAGCUUCGGAGUACUGCUGGGCAUAAUAUUUGUGUGGUUAUCUGUCUUGGAACAGAAAGUGGAGGCCAAGAACAACUUUGAGCUGCAAGUCGACAACUUCACCUGCAGCAGCCAGGACACGGAUAACCAAAUUCUGAAGGAGUUCCGAUGCGGCAUGAAUAAGAACGCCAAGCGUCGGAGCUGGCACAUGGAGUUUAAGCUCCACCAACCGAUGGGCGAGCACGAGGUCUUCAUGACGAUCGUCCUGCCCCGCCGCAAGCCCCUACCGGAAUUUGUUCUGCUCAAUCUCACCACCGAUGGCUGCCAGCUGCUGUCCAACCGCAACCAGGUGCCGCUCAUGCGCCUCGGCCGCAACAUCAUGGAGCGCUUUAGCAACUUUCCCAGGCAGUGCCCAUUCCAGGGCGAUAUCAUCUACUAUAUACGAGGCUUUCGCUUGGAUCUCAGCCUCCUGCCUGCCGUAGAGAUGGAAACCCCGGUGCACAUAGAAUUCGGUUACCAGGCCAAGUCGCAGGGUCUACGUUGGCUCCAGGGCAACCUGGCGGCGCGUGUGCAACGGCUUAGCGAAAAGAAGCGCCCCAAGACAUCAUAAAUGGUAACCGCCACACAAAACAAAUGAGGGGAAAAUAUAUUAAACAAACAUGAAGCUUCGGGACCGAAAUUAAUCAUACCCUUGAAAUCUAUAUAUUUAUA